AUGUCGCACCUUGAGCUUUCGCACAAUCUUGCCGAUGCCUUCAAUGCCCUCGCCGAUGAGGCCCAGGGCCUAAACGACCGCCGCAUUGUGCUGGAGCACAAACUGCGGUUUGCACACGAGCAGCUCCAAUACUUGGCAGACAAGUAUGCCCCGGCGACACCUGAAAUAGCCGAGACGCUUGCCAAGCUGCAGCUCCCACCGCACACAUCUGUGGACAAAGAUUCCCCUGUUCCACUACCUCGUCGCGGCUCCCCCAGGUCCCAGCACGAGGUUGCAUUGGUCAUCAGGGACGGUCGCAGGAUGGCCGGUCAGCUUGCAUCUCUGGGAGAGGCAAGCAAGACAACUGAUUCGACCAAGGACUCGUUUUCCCAGAGUUCCGGAAGAAAAUCCUCCAUGUCCACUGCGCUGGAGCAGGACUUCACCGUGGAGGGCAAGAAGGGCAACCUGCAAUGUCCAUUCUCGCAGCCCAAAACUGCCACCAACGGCGCUUCCGAGGGCGAGGGCGAGGAUCAGGCACCUGUGCCACCGCACCCAACGCCACAUGACUCCACAGACCCAAUCUGCGCAGCCAUGUCGGCAGCCUCUCAGUCUCAGGGCGGAGAUCCAAAUGCCACUGCUGGAAAGUGUCCAAUACGGUAUAUGGAUCAGCACUCGCCCGAGGAGAUUGCACACUAUGUCGAAACACAUAAGCAUCAACUCCCCCGCAGCCAUGAGAUUUGUCUCCGGCGAUAUCAGCACAACGAGGAACAGAUCAAGAAAAUCGACUCCAAGUACGGCAACAUCGUCAGCAUGAUUGAAGGCCUCGGCCAACUUCACCAGCCGAUGCUACCUGAAACGGACCAGGAUCGGCCUCGUCGUCAGAGUGAGAUCGAGCGGGCUUCCAAUGAGCGAGUGCAAGACUGGGCCAAGGCCGUUACAGUAACUGACUCCGACGCCAUUGAGGAGGCCACCGAAUCGGGCGAAGAAGAUAGGGAAACACGAUUUGAUCGCCCUUUCAAAGAAGUCCGUGUUGGUGAAUCCCCUAGUCGGCCUUGGGGGAUUCAUGUGCCCGUGUACGAGCCCGAGGAUAAUAACGACGAGCAGCGGCAACCUUUCUCCCCGCCUCCCGCUCCUGUGCGGAUGCCCAGCCCCUCCCACACGGCUAGGACACCAGUCAAGGAGCCUCUGAAGAAAUGUCCCUUCGAUCACACCAAGCUCCAGGCUCUUGCCACGGGGCUGCAAUCUCCGCAGAAGUCAGAGGCUGGAAAGUCGCCUGCCACUGAAGCUCAGCAGAACUCACCGUUCUCACCUCUCAAGGAGGAGCCUCCGCACGCACAAUCCACCGUGCAGCCUCAGCCGGCUCUCAUCAACCCUGACAUGUCCAAAUGGGCUGGAAAUGCCCCCCAGAUGAUCUUCACCGGCCCCGUCUUCAUCGGAUAUCCGGUAGAGCAGGCCAUGCAGAUCAUGAACCAGUAUCGAGGCAGCCAACCCUGA